CGGCUACUUAAUAUAAAAGGGCAGCGAAACUAAGAGCGCCGAAUGAGCAUCAGUUGGACCCCACCGAGAGGACAAUGGGAAAGAUCAUUUUCUAUGAGGACAGAAAUUUCCAAGGUCGGCACCAUGAGUGCAUGAGUGACUGCGCCGACCUGCACCCCUACUUCAACCGCUGUAACUCCAUCCGGGUGGAGAGUGGCUGCUUCAUGGUGUACGAGAGGCCCCACUAUCUGGGCCACCAGUACUUCCUGCGCAGAGGGGAGUACUCUGACAACCAGCGUAUGAUUGGCAUUAAUGACUGCAUCCGCUCUUGUCGCAUGAUUCCAGUGCACCGAGGCUCCUUUAAAAUCAGGUUGUAUGAGCGGCCGGACAUGAGCGGCCAAAUGCAAGAGGUGAGCGACGACUGCCCAAAUGUCCAGGACCGCCUGCGUAUGUCUGACAUUAACUCGUGCAACGUGGUCGACGGCCACUGGCUGCUGUACGACCAGCCCAACUACAAAGGCCGGACCUACUACCUGAGACCUGGCGAGUACCGCAGAUACAGCGACUGGGGGGGUGCUAGUCCUCGGAUUGGCUCCCUCAGGCGGAUCACUGACUCCAUCUAGGACCUUCUUCCUCUCUCUCUGUUCGCAAUAAAGAUGCUUGGCUUAAA